UGCUGUGCAGUUGGAAGACGUCGCUCGCUGGCUUCCACCGAACGAAAAAGGCUCGCAAAUUUGACGCGAAAAAAACAUAAUUAAGUGGAGGAAUGAGGGAGAUGCAGUGAAGACUGAGGAGUCUGAAGACAGACGGACAAAGGGUAAAAGGGUAAAGGUUACCAGGAAGAGAGCAGGAUGCAGUCCCGCCCACAGGACAGGCCGUUGGCCCUCUCCGCGGGGAAAUCCCACAGCCCGACCAAUGGGAGAGAAGAACGGGUGUACUCAGACGCAGACUCCAUGGAGGAAGAGGCAGACUUUAAUUGGGAGGAGUACCUAGAGGAGACGGGGGCGACCGCUGCACCCCACACCGCUUUCAAACAUGUGGACAUCAGCCUUCAGACCAGCUUCCAGCCGGGGAUGAAGCUGGAGGUGGCCAAUAAGAGCAGGCCAGACACUUACUGGGUGGCCACCAUCGUCACCACCUGCAGCCAGCUGCUGCUGCUACGCUUCAGUGGCUACGGAGAUGACCGCAAGGCCGACUUCUGGUGUGAUGUCAUGACCGCCGAACUCCACCCAGUAGGCUGGUGCACCCAGAACAACAAGACACUACAACCACCUGAAGCCAUCAAGGAGAAGUACAGUGACUGGACAGAUUUUCUCAUCCAGGACUUGACUGGCUCACGGACCGCACCAGCAAACCUACUGGAAGGGCCUCUGAGGGGGAAGAACACAGUGGAUCUGAUUGUGGAGGGUUCGGUGAUGGAGGUACGGGACCUCACUGACCCCUACCUCUACUGGGCUGCCCGCGUCGCCCAGAACAUUGGUGGGAGGCUCCGCCUGCGCCAUGUGGGUCUCCAAGACGACGCCCACGACACCUGGCUGUUCUACCUCGACGUGAGGCUCCGCCCACUGGGCUGGGCUCAGGAGAACCGCCUGUCACUGGAGCCCCCAGCAGGUAAGAGCGCCCUCGAGUGGCAGGAGGCCCUGGAGGCGGCGCGGAGCGAGGCCCAGCAGAACCCACUGCCCCUGGAGGUGUUUAAGGACCAUGCAGACCUGACCAAACACUCCUUCAGGACGGGGAUGAAGCUGGAGAUGGUUUCGCCGUCGGAACCGUUCCACAUCUGCCCUGUAUCUGUCACACAGGUCUACAAUGAGCACUACUUCCAGGUCACAGUGGAUGACCUCYCUCCAGAGGCCACACCCCUGUCUCUGGUGUGCCAUUCUGAGUCGCCGGGCAUCCUCCCCGUCCAGUGGUGUCUGAAGAACGGGAUUGGUCUAGAGCGGCCCAUGGGCUACCAGAGCCAGGACUUUGAUUGGGCGGACUACCUGAAACAGAGUGGGACUGAGGCCGCCCCCGACGCAUGCUUCCCGGACGUAAGAUACUUUCUCUUCCUAGUGGGUCUGUUCUAUGUGCACUGGUUGGCUCCGCCUCAACCCGUGGAGACAAUCCCUCUCGACCUCUGCGAGCCCGUUGCCAUGGACACAGGCUCAGCCAAUGGGAGAUACUGUUGUUCCAAGAUCUAUGUGAACCAACGCUGUUUCUCUGGCCCUUACCUGAACAAGGGGCGCAUCGCUGAGUUGCCCCAGGCUGUAGGACCGGGGAAAUGCACUCUGGUCCUCAAAGAGGUAGGUAGAGAAACAUCAACAUACUGGUUYCAUCCAAAUCUAUUCCCACUACUGUUGACCAGAUAUAACUCCCAACAGGACAGUGAUGAAGACGAGGAUGAAGAUMAUCUUAUGUUGCAGUCGGGCAGUGAAGAAGGCACCAGCUCUGAGCCSCGCGAGGACCACAUAGACACGUCCUCUGUGGAGGUGGCUAACAGCCGGCCGCGGCGCGCCGUGACGCUACGCAGGGCCACCCAUACCGGCAUAGCUUCGGGCAGCCGUGAGGGUCCUGAAAGCAGGAGGCGGAGCACUCGGUCCCUGUCAUAUAACCAGGGGAACAAGUACCACCCACCCAAGAGACAGGAGAUGCAGGUGGAGUGUAGUGAGGCGGAGUGUCAGCUGGUGCUGGAGAGGAACCCUCUGGAGUGGUCCGUAGAAGACGUGGUCACGUUCAUCACCUCCACCGACUGUGCUGCUCUCGCCAACAUCUUCCAGGAGCAGGACAUAGAUGGCCAGGCAUUGUUGUUGCUGACCCUGCCCACAGUCCAGGAGUGUAUGGAGUUGAAGCUGGGUCCAGCCAUCAAGCUGUGUCACCAGAUAGAGAGGGUCAAGGUGGCCUUCUAUGCCCAGUACGCCAACUGAUCCUGGGCAUCUCACCUGGCACCUUUUACCCUGUAGAGCACAAGCUGUCUGGAGACACCCCGCCCAGUACACCUUCAUCUGAGGAAGAGGAGGAGAGAUGAUUUCGCUUAAUGCCAAGUCUGGGAUUACCUGGUCUGGAAAGCUGGGAGGAAAGUGGGAAAACUGGUAAUGCUGUCGCUUAGGAAUUCCUCAAUUCUGGACAAGGAUUACCUGGCCACUUUUCCGUGGAUUACUGAUGUCACAUAGAGAAGGAAGUGACGUCAGAGGAAGUAGAGGAGGAGCUACCCACAUACYGAGCUCAGGACGUCAUCUGCGACAACAGGCAGAGAUGGGUUUGAAGGUUCAGAGUUCCAUAGUAUUGUGUGGAAGGAUCAGUCAACUGUGAAUGGUUGAGUACGAUACAUAUGAGUCAAUCCAUAUGGAAUACAGAUCUGUGAAGAAACUGAUCGAAAUUGAGGAUUAUUUUCUUGGAAAAUCUUAUUUUUUUACAUGCUGUUUCAGACUAAUGGCCCUGGCAGUGUUUAAGUUAUGAACAAAUGUUAUUAAAUAUUUGUUCAAUGUU